AUGACGAUUAUUUGGUGAAAAGGUGAGUGUGAGCUCCAGAAGGCUUGCUGGAGAACAGGAGAGCCUGGUGGAGUUGCUGAGUGUGUGCCUAGAGCUGGUCUAUAAAAGCUGUCUCUCCCCCUGCCCAAGCCCAUUUCUCCCUCUCAGCUCCCACUGAAGCAGAGGUGAGCAUGAAGCUCCUUUUUGCAGCUGCCUUUGCACUCUUUGUGCUUUCUGCCUUUGACCAGGCGGACUCUUCCGCUUAUGACAAAAUAGUGGCCCACAGCCGCAUACGGGCAAAGAAAGAAGGACCAAAUGUCUGCGCUCUGCAGCAAGUGGUGGGGACCAAGAAGAAGUACUUCAGCACUUGCCGUAAUUGGUACCAAGGAGCCAUCUGUGGAAAGAAAGCCACUGUUCUGUAUGAGUGCUGUCCAGGAUACAUGAAGCUGGAGGGUAUGCGCGGUUGUCCUGCUGUUUCUCCUAUUGACAACGUCUAUGGCACUCUUGGUCUGGUGAAUGCAGUCACCACACAGAAGUACUCUGCCAUGUCCAAAUUGAAGGAGGAAAUCGAGGGAUCUGGAUCAUAUACUUUCUUUGCCCCCAGUAACGAAGCUUGGGAUCUCCUAGAUCUGGAAGUGAGGAAUGCUUUGGUGAGCAAUGUUAACAUUGAGCUGUACAAUGCUCUGCACUAUCACAUGGCCAACAAACGGCUCCUCACCAAGGACUUGAAGAACGGAAUGACCGUCACCUCCAUGUACAAUGACCUGAGCCUUCACAUCAACCAUUAUCCCAAUGGGGUCGUCACAGUGAACUGUGCUAGGAUCAUCCAUGGAAACCAGGUGGCCACCAAUGGUGUGGUUCAUGUUAUUGACCGUGUUAUCACUGCAGUAGGCAACACCAUUCAGGAUGUGAUUGACGUUGAAGAUGACCUGAGUUCACUGAAUACUGUAGCUACAGCCUCCGGCCUGAUGGACAUGUUGGGCAAACCUGGACACUUCACCCUUUUCGCCCCCACCAAUGACGCCUUUUCUAAGCUGGAUGGUGAUGUUAUGGAAAGGCUUAUGGGUGACAAGGGUGUUCUCCAAGCCCUGCUCAAGUAUCACUUGUUGGACUCAGUCCAGUGCUCUGAGGCCAUUAUGACUGGAACCUCAUAUGAGACCCUGGAGGGCACCAACAUUGAGAUCGGCUGUGAUGGAGACAGCCUGACAGUCAACGGCAUCAAGAUGGUGCUGAAGAAAGAUAUUGUCACCACUAAUGGUGUCAUCCACCUGAUUGACCAGGUGCUCAUGCCAGACUCAGCUAAACAAGUCAUGGAGCUGGUUGGACCAUCCCAGGCCACCUUCAGUGACAUGGUGUCCGAACUGGGUCUGGCAUCAGCCAUGAGACCGCAGGCUGAAUACACACUGCUGGCCCCUCUCAACGCAGCCUUCAACGAUGAAGUAAUGUCCAUGGAUCAGCGCUUACUGAGGAUCAUUCUAGAGAACCACAUUCUGAAGAAAAAGAUUGUGCUGAGUCAGCUGUACAAUGGCCAGCGUCUCGAGACCCUAGGAGGGAGAUUCCUCAGAGUGUUUGUCUAUCGCACGGCUGUCUGCAUUGAGAAUGCCUGCUUGAUCCGUGGAAGCAAAGAGGGAAGCAAUGGUGCACUCCAUCUAAUGAGGACACUGAUGAAACCAGCAGAGUCCACCAUGUUCAAACUGCUGACUGCACAUGGAGGCUUCAAGAUCUUUUUAUCUCUGAUGGAGGCGGCUGGUCUGACUGACAUGCUGAAACAGGAGGGAGAUUUCACCCUAUUUGCCCCGACUGAUCAGGCUCUGGCUGGCCUCAGUCAGAGAGACAUCUCUAUUCUGAAGAGCGAUCCCAAUGCCCUCAGAGCCAUCCUGCUGUACCACUUUAGCAAAGGCAUCUUCAUUGGCGGAGGCUUGGAGACUGGAGUCACUAACCUGCUCAAAUCUCUCCAGGGCAGCAACAUCAAAGUCUUGUUUGCUAAUAACAGCAUGCAGGUGAAUUCUGUGCAAGCUUCUGAAUCCGAUCUCAUGGCUACUAAUGGAGUCAUUCACUUUGUCAAGACCCUGCUCUACCCUGAAGAUAUUCCAGUUGGAAGCCAGGAGCUCCUGACACUUUUGAGAAGGAUCACUAGGUUCAUCCAGAUCAAGUUUGUCUCAGGAUACAGAUUUCAGGAGAUUCCACUGACAUUCAUAAAGAGAGUCAUCACAGUUCCCGGUGAUGUCACCAAAGUGACCAGAAUCAUCCAGGGAGAGCCCACUAUUACUAAAGUUACACGAGUCAUCGAGGGAGAGCCAAGCAUCACUAAGGUUACAAGGGUCAUUGAGGGAGAGCCAAGCGUCACCAAGGUUACGAGGGUCAUUGAGGGAGAGCCAAGCAUCACCAAAGUUACGAGGGUCAUUGAGGGAGAGCCAACCAUCACCAAGGUCACCAGAGUCAUCCAAGGAGAGCCGACUGUUACCCGCGUCAUUGAAGGUCCUGAAUACUUGGUCAGAAGCUCCUCCAAUAUGGAGCUCCAUGGACCUCAAACGGAGUACGUCACAAGUUUCGACACGGACAGCGAGAGACUUACCAAAAUCAUUCAAGAGGGAACCAGACGAGGUCCUGGAAGACGGGUGCCAGCUGGAGGCAGGGGGAAACCCAGAGUGUCCAGCCAAGACUAGGCACCGUAAGAGGAAACAUAAAAAUAGACCCUCAAAUGUUUUAAGGAAAACAAGGGUUCAAGGGACAUGGAAUCACUUGUUUAAGAGAAAGUGAGCUCCACUUAUCAGAAGCUAUUGGAUCAGUCUGGUUGGAACCACAGAGACAAAUGCAACAAUGAAAAUCAGUGUUUGUUCUCUUUAACAGGGAGGGAAUGAUUUUUUAAACAUAUCUGGUCAAAGCAGGGAACUUCAAUAGUCCUUGUGUAUGUAAAUAUUUUUUUUAAGAUUUUUUUUUCUGGUUUUUGUGGAGGGUUACAUUUGGAACAACAUUCUGUUACAGAAAAGUCACAUAUGAUAAUAUCACUUGUGGCAUGUCUUAAAAAAUAAAAAAAAAUAUAUAGAACCUAUGUAUGUCUAGAAGAAGGUCCAGAAAAUGGUGUCUGAAUGUUUGGUGAUUUGGUGAUAUGAAAGGGCGAGACGUAGGAAGACCACAGAACUGCACACAUCUGUGUAUUAUGUGGACAAUUUGAAAUAUGUUCACGGAAAAAGAAGCGUGCACGUGAAAACCCAUGUGACUUCUCUGCAACAGAUGUGUUUCUGGGAAUAUAUCUGUGUGUAUUGCUAAGAAACUCCUAAAGCCAAGUUGAAUCCAGGUUUUGUUCGGUUGAGGUUUACUUCUGCAUGGCCAAAGAUUUAAUGGUGCUCAUGUUCAGUAUGUUGUUUUUUUCUCAUUAAAGAAUAAAAUCAUUUGCAACAUUUUGAUAAGAA